AUGUGGAGUUCUCAUUCCUUCAGCGCUGUGAUUCACUUCGCGGGGCUGAAAGCUGUGGGCGAGUCGGUGGAGAAGCCGUUGCUCUACUACAAAGUGAACCUCACCGCCUUCAUGAACCUGCUCGAGGUGAUGCAGGCUCACAGAGUGCGCAAUCUGGUCUUCAGCAGCUCCGCCACAGUAUAUGGAGACCCCCAGCGCCUCCCCAUAGAUGAGCAGCACCCCGUGGGAGGCUGCACUAACCCCUACGGGAAGACCAAGUACUUCAUCGAGGAGAUGGUCAAGGACCACUGUAAAGCUGAGAAGGACUGGAAUGCUGUGCUGCUGCGCUAUUUCAAUCCGAUCGGAGCUCAUUGCUCCGGUCAGAUAGGAGAGGACCCUCAGGGUAUCCCUAACAACCUGCUGCCAUAUGUUGCCCAGGUCGCCGUCGGGAGACGAGAGUGUCUGAGCGUAUACGGGAAUGACUACGACACGAUCGAUGGCACAGGUGUGAGAGAUUACAUUCAUGUUGUGGAUCUGGCAAAGGGACACAUAGCUGCUCUGAAGAAGCUGAAGGAGGACUGCGGGUGCAAGGUUUACAACCUUGGGACAGGAAAAGGCUACUCAGUGCUUGAGAUGGUGAAAGCCAUGGAGAAGGCUUCCGGAAAAGAGAUCCCAUAUAAGAUCGCCCCUCGCAGAGGCGGAGACGUAGCGUCCUGCUACGCCGACCCUCGCGUAGCUGAGAAGGAGCUGGGCUGGAAGGCUCGAUUUGACCUGGAAAGAAUGUGUGAGGACCUGUGGCGCUGGCAGUCCAUGAACCCCACCGGAUUUUCCAACGGCACUUGCUGACGCAACCCGAGCAGACUGUUGCUUAAAAAUCCUCUUUUUAAAAUCACCAAAGGGAACCACCAGCUUCCUCGUUGGCGCAAUGACACAUAAGACCUCAAGAGAAGCUGCAUUGUUUUUAUUUUUGUUAAACUCCAAUGAUUCAGCUGACGACAAGAAGAGUAUCUAAAUGUCUGUUUACUCUCUGCUGUUAGCUCAGACUUAACAACUGAUAUUUUCUCUAUAAAUGUAUUGAUCUGUGAGCCAUAACAAUGAAAGAAUAAAUUAAUUUUCUUACUGAAGAGCUGAAACGCGCA